CCAUGCGAGAACAUGUCAGCAUUUACCAAAUUCUGUGAAUCGAAGUGUCCCCUAAUCUUCACAUUUCUGCAACAACAACAAAAAGAUGUAACGGGUGCUCUUUAAUUCCACGGGCGGCUCUGAAAACUCCAGCUAAAGAUUCCGAUUCGCCAAAGAGAAAUGAAGCCAUUCCAUGAAAAGCCAGAUUAAUUCCUGUUCAAUGCUGAACAUAUUGGCACAAAACCCACAUUAACGCCUAGAGUAAUUGUCCCCUUGAUAUUCUUCUUCUUCUUCUUCCUCCCCCCGGCGGGCUCUGGAAAAAGUCACUCACCCCUCAGUCCGCGCGCACGGCCAAAGAUGGCUACCGACAGCAGCAACCGAGGGAAGGCUCCCGGUGGCAAGCCUCAGUUCCUCAAGGUACUCUUCAAGGAGUUCAUGGAGAAGAUGCCUAUCCCUGCCAAGUUCACGCGGGGGCACCUGGCCGCAGAGCCCGGGCUCCGGCGAGCCACCCUGGUGAGCCCGCUCAAGAAGUUCUGGCACGUCGACGUGGUCCGAGACGGCCACGGUGGCGAAGAUGACGUCUACUUCGCCGGCGGCUGGGCGGAGUUCGUGAGGGCCAACGGGCUGGAGGAGGAGAGCUUCCUGGUGUUCAGGUACGAAGGGAACAUGGUGUUCACCGUCAAGGCGUUCGACACAUCCGGGUGCAUCAAGGACUACGGUGACGACGUCGCCGGUGCCGGUGCCAGCACCGUCGCUGCUGCCACGUUGGAGCGCACGCUGCCGAGGAAGCGGUCAGGCACUGGCUCUGGAUCGCAGACUACCUCCAAGACCCAUAGUGGUAUGAAUGCUAAUAAAACCAGAAAGAUCAGCGAGAGGAAGGUUACUGGUGAUGGUGAUAUCCCAGCGAAGAAACAGUGCAGAUCUCAAAGAAUUCUGAUGGAAGACAAUGAUGACGAGCAAGAUGUCACUGCUGAGAAGAAUACUAAAGCAGAUACCCAUUCAGAUUCAGGCAUUGCAACAGAGGCGAAGGAGUCUGACUACACCAGCAUUCUUCCUGUCUAUUCGAAGGUGGCAACGCCUUGCAACAUUCGCUACAGUUAUAUGAACAUUGGGAAGAAGUUCUGCAAUGCGAACGGUAUCACAUCAAAUCGUCUGAUGAUACUCAAGGACUCUGGAUUGAGGUCAUGGCCUGUGAAGCUCACGCUGAUGAGCGACCAGGUGCGCAUGAAAGCAGGUUGGAGCCACUUCUCCAGCCACCAUAGGAUCAAGGUCGGAGACGUCUGCUUCUUCCAUCUCGUUGAUGAGAACACCUUUAACGUCAGCAUAAAACGGGCACCAUAAUGUGUUGGUUCCAGUAUUGCUCUCUUGUUCCUUUUUUUUUCUUGAACUUGUUCCUUUACUUUGGUAAAAAUGAAUAAUUGUGACCAAUAUUUUUUUCCUCCUGCUGUUGCUGGAAAGUGGGGAAUGGCAACUUUAAUAAAUCCAGUGUGCAUUUUUAGAUGU